UCAAUCUCGUUUAAAAAAAUAAAACUAACAAUCAUUUUACAGGUUGUAUAUUAUUUUUAAUUCAUUUAUCACAUAACGUUUCGUUGAGGUUGAGUGUGUGGUGUUAAUGGCUUCCAAAGACAAGGGGGAGGGGUGGAUUUUGCCGAUCCAGUAUGAACAGCGCCGAUCCCGAUCAAUCAGCGAGUUCACUCCUUCCUUGCGACUGAGCAUCUCCCUGAGCAUUGCACAUUGCGAGAUUUGGAAAUCUGUUGGCAGCUGAAGGCGACUGAAAGCAUCAUCAUCAUCAUCAGCCCUACCACCAUUAGCUAAUCACUACAUUCAUAUCUAUACACCAGAGAAGACAUCAGUGCAUAAACACACACCAUAUAUUGCUAAACUAGAGUCACUGAAAACACUACACACCAUCCAUCCAUCCAUCCACACAUCCAUCCACGCACACACACACUGGGAAAAAGUACUAUCCUAGUACUUUGCAGUGUACUACUGCUGUAUUUUCAACAUUCAAGUGUUGGGAAGUGUUUUUGUGCUUUUGUCUUUGCUGUGAACAGGAUGCCACGGAAGGGGAAGCGUUCCGAAGCAGCAAAGCGCCGAUGGAGGAAGCUGGACCUUGCUGAUCCACAGACGGGCCAGACCAGCGCACCCCAGCAGCCUGGGUCCCCACCCUCGACGACCAGCGAUGGGACCAUCCUGCAGUCUCCCACGAAGAAGAGAGCCAGGUUCCAGACCUCCCCUCUGGCCGACCAGCCCCGUGUGGUGGAUGCCUGCUCCGCCACUUCUUCUGUGGUUGCCCAGGAGUCUCUGGCCAGACACCAGCCUCCGAGACACGUCCGAGGCACUGGGCGGCGCCACACCGUGCGGAAAUGGCCAGUUUCUGCAGUGACUGGGAAGAACCACAAGCUGGUCAUUCCAGCCGUGGCUCAGGGCAAGCGGUUUGUCCUGAUCGUUGGAGACUCCCAUCUGCGAGCCAUUGCAGAUGGAUUUGUGAAGAUGCCGGAGGGACCCUUGUCUUUUGGAGUGAUGUCCACCCCGGGUGCCACGGCGGCUCAGUUGUGGGCUGAGGUGCAGAAUGCGGUUCUGUCUCGUUCUCCUGAGGCGGUCUGUGUUUUGGCACCCAGCAACAACUUGGGUCGUCCCGUUGGCGAGGCAGCCACUGACUUCGGGCAGCUCCUGACCGCCACCUGCAGCCGCUGGCCUAACGUCGUCGUCGUGGACUUUCCUCCACGUCUGAACGUCGUGGUGGCCCAGCAGGAUCGUCUGCGCCGGGAGUACCGUCGGGUGGCAGCUAGCAUGGGUAUUCCCUACCUAUCCUCAGCUGACCACUUCCCGCUGUCACGCCUUGAGAUGUGGUGUAGGGAUGGCGUACACCUCAGUGACAGCGAUGGGAUGCCUGUGCUUGCCAGGUUGUUGUGGGUUGCUGCCCGCCGUCAGCUGGAGAGUACCGCACCCACCCCACCCCCUCCACCUCCGCCACCAGCUCCUCCUAUGUCACCGCCGGGCGAGCCCCAUCGUCUUUGGUCAUCCCUGUUCCAGAAGCUGGAGACGACUGUACCACCAGCACCUUCUCUUCAGACGUCCCCACCGAUGCGAGUGUUCCUGCCAAAAGUGGUCGUGAAGGGUGAGGUCACCGUGCAGCAUCCUUCCAACCCUUUUGACUGGACACUCAUUGGCAGCGCAGAGGGGAGGAGUCGACGUGUCAAGUCCAAGGUGCCCCGUGACUCCAGCAAAGGGAUGUGCAAGCAGCAGGAGGACCUGUUGCAGUGCAACAUCCCUGUGAACCCUGUGUGGUUCAGCCCGCCCAUGCUGGUUGCAAUGGACAAGCUGGCUCCAUCGCAUCUUCCAAGCCCUGAGACCUCCACAGUUAUCCCCAAGGGCAAGAAGGCGGUGACUGCAGAGUGCCAACCGCGUCGUCCAGCCUCCAAGAGGAGAGUGGGAGAGCUGCAGAUGGAGGCAACACCGCCACCUUCCUCCACGCCACUGCAGCACAUUGUACAGGAUGAGGCCAGCUGGAUGGAGGAAACACCACAUCGUGUGGAGCUGCCUUCCACCCCAACGCCACCUUGCAGUCCCGGGCCAGUGGUCGUCACAGAGGAGACGUGUGCGCCAUCCUCCACACCACCACAGCACAUUGUCAUGGAUGGGACCAGCUGGACUGAGGCGAAGGCGACACUGCAUACUGUAGAGCUGCCGUCAACACCAUCACCGCCUUGUAGUCCAGAGACAGUGGUUCAGAGAGACAUUUGUGCAAAGUCCUCAAUGCCACUACUGCACAUUGUCCUGGAUGAAACCAGCCAGGAUUGUGGCACAGAAGCUGGUCGACGCAUUCGUACCGUCCGGGCCACUCACUCCCAGAUGGAUUUGAGGUAUGACGAUUGCACUCGCAAUAAUCAGUGCACGUGUAUGGCACUGACGUUCUUGGCCUACCAUGCUGAGGGGUUUCAUUUUGAUUCAGACGUUCUUGACAGAGUUCUUGAAAAUGGAGACUCACUCUAUGCGUGGACAAUAUGUGGGCUAGGACUACGUUUAAUCAGCAAUCAUUUAACCAAAGAGGAAAUGCCAAAGAUAGUUCACACCGACAACAAUGCAUACACAGUUACACAGUUGGAGCCGAAAUUUGGUUUGGUGAGGGAUCGCAGCAAUUCCCUAAUAGAUCCGUAUUUGUUGCCACUUGCCAGACAACUUGAGUGCCUCUCACAAGAUGUCACUCAUGCUUUUCUGAUUGUGGCUCCAGAGUGCUUUGCGGUUUUUCGUGAUAGGUCAGGAUGCUAUGGUUUUUUUGAUUCGCACAGUCGAUCUUCAGUAGGUUUGCCAGUCCCAAACGGAACUGCGAUUAUGAUGACAUUUUCACACUUAGAUGACUUAGUCGACCAUGUGCAUGAGCUCCUUUCGGAUCGCAGCCCCGAUGCGAACUACGAGUUGGUACCGGUUUCCUUUGGAUUAGAACAGAUAGCAAGUGACAGACAGGUACAGUUGGAUGUCGUAAUCACUUCAGAGCCCACCAAAGAAACAGACGCAGCAAUAAGAGAAUGUGUUGAGACAGAUCAGGAGGAGCUGAUAGUACCACCAUGCGUCCAUGUUCAAAUAGAUUUUUCCAAAGUGAGUAAAACGAGGCGACGGACCGCUAUGAAAAGGGCACUAAAGUGCCAACAAUGUAGACCGUUUGAAGCUUCAAACAAACCCGAUCCCCGUCAAAAAAAACGUCUACAAAUGAAGGUCAAGUAUGUAACAGACACUAAUUACCGCCAACAAAAAUUAAACGGCUUUACCACGCGAUACAGGUGUGAUAGUGCCUUUAAGAAUAAACAGAAGACGCACGUAGCUGAAAAAUACCACAGAAGUCCAACGACCAAAAAGACUUUAAUGUCAGCAUAUGUUAGGAGAAGGUAUCAAUCUGAUCUGGCUUUUGUUGAACGACAGAAGCUGAAUUUCAGGGAAGGGUAUCACCUGGAUUCAGAUAUUCAGGUGAGAAAAAAGUUAUAUCAGAGGGAGCGGUAUCAACGGGAUCCAGCUUUUCAGGCGAGACAAAAGUUAUAUGUGAGACAGAGGUAUCACAGGGAUCCAGCUUUUCAGGCGAGACAAAAGUUAUAUGUGAGACAGAGGUAUCACAGGGAUCCAGCUUUUCAGGCGAGACAAAAGUUAUAUGUGAGGGAGCGGUAUCAACGGGAUCCAGCUUUUCAGGCGAGACAAAAGUUAUAUGUGAGAGAGAGGUAUCACAGGGAUCCAGCUUUUCAGGCGAGACAAAGGUUAUAUCUGAGGGAGCGGUAUCAUCGGGAUCCAGCUUUUCAGGCGAGAUAUAGGGUGUAUCUAAGAGAUAAAUAUCGCAACCAUCCAGGUUUUAAGCAAAGGUGGGCUGUUUUCAUGAAAACAUGGAUGCAGAAGUAUAGAAACAAUCCUUAUUUUCAAAAUAACAAAUAUGUGCGAGAUAGUAAUAGACAUUCUAAUGUAAGGCUACAUGUUCAGCAUUGUGAAAAGAACCGUCUUACCAGGCAGCGUAUUCGGCACAAAUUACAAUGCGCGCUUCAAAUAAAGACUAAAUACAUGACUAGAACUCAACAUUCAGCCAACAAUGUGCAGGAUCCAGCAAGCGCUGUAAUGAAAGCAGCAAUAUCGUCGUUCCGCGAAAGAGUCGCACAUGGGCCCACAUAUGUUUGUACUGUAUGCCACCGUGCUCUUUUCCUAAAUCAGGUACAGAAAUGCAAUCGAGGAAAAUAUAGCGACAACCAUGACAUAGUGGCCGCCAGCUUGACAGGUAUAUAUGUUCACGUCUGCAACAACAGUUGUUCUGCCCCAUGCACUGCCCCGCAAGAGAGAAAGCAGGAAUGGAUAUGUCACUCCUGUGACUCCCACCUCAGGAGAUGUGCAAUGCCACCUCUGGCAGUUGCAAAUAAGUUGGAUCUGGCACCCAUUCCCCAAGAGCUGUCCGAUUUAAAUGUACUCGAGAGACAGCUGAUAGCAAAAAUUAUACCUUUUGCAAAAAUUGUAGCAUUGCCCAAAGGACGGCAACGAGCUGUUCAUGGCUCAGUAGUGUGCGUACCGUCGGAAAUGGAAGCAGCAGUGAACUCACUACCUCGGCCACGUAGCGAAGCUCAACUGCUGCAGGUAAAGCUGAAGAGACGCCUUCGGUAUAAAGGACAUCAGCAUUUUUAUACAGUAAAUAUGGCGAAUGUUAUAGCCGGGCUCAGGACGCUGAUAGACACUCAUCCACAGUACAGGGAUGUGUGCAUCAAUGAGAGUGCAGCAGCUGAAAGUGUCCUUGAAGGGGAAGAGGAGCCAUCCGCCCUGCCGUCAUCAUCCUUGCAGCAAGAGGCCAGCAACGCCCAAGUUACGCAGGCACAGCAUGUUGAACGUGAUCAGGAGGAACUUCGGCCGGGCCUCAUGUUCGAUACAUGCAUGCAGCCGCUUGACAUUUCACAGGAAAGUCUUUCAUUUGGGGAUGGGAUAUUCAGCAUUGCUCCUGCCCAACAAAACAAGCCUGUUGGAUUUUUUGCUGUGCCGCAGCUGGAGGCCAUGGCCUUUCCUGUUCUGUUCCCAACGGGAAAGAACACAAUGGAUGAGGAGAGGAUCGUUAAAGUAUCACCGAGUUCUUACUUCAACACCAGAUUGUUUUCAGUUGAUCCACGCUUUGCUGAAGAUCAGGGCUACCUUUUCUUUGCCCAAUUUGUCAUUGAAACGUACAUGGCCAAUAACAGCAUGUCGAUUCAGUCGCGGAAAGGAAAACCUCACACUGCGGAUGGGAGGAAAAUUCUGAACCGGAUGAUCCAGGACAAGGAGGCGUUGGAGCGGCUCAUACAGAACAGGGAAGCGACCAGAUUUAUGCAGCCACUCCGAGGAACACCAGCAUACUGGGAGAAAGCUCACCGGGAGCUCCACGCAAUGGCCAGGCAGUUGGGGAAGCCAACAUUUUUUCUUACCUUUUCUGCGGCGGAAAUGAGAUGGCCUGAAGUCACUGCUGUGAUAAAAGCGCAGCAAGGCCAACAGGAGGGUCACUUUUCAGAUCUGGACUGGAACGCUAAAUGCGAGAUUCUCCGCAGCAAUCCAGUCACGGUCAUGCGCAUGUUUGAGAAAAGGGUAGAUGCUCUCUUAGAGCUUAUUCUGUCUCCUGCGCAGCCCAUCGGCCCAGUCGAGGACUACUUUUAUCGUGUUGAGUUUCAAGCACGAGGAAGUCCUCAUAUACACAUGGUGGUGUGGAUAAAGGACGCACCGGUGAUCGAGGAACCAGAUCCCAUCUACUGUGGCGAAGUGGUCGAAUUCAUCGACCGUUAUAUCACCUGCCACAUCCCCGAUCAAACCAAGGAUCCGGAACUCCAUGAAGUGGUUACGAGUGUUCAAACUCACAGCCGCAGUCACACCAAAUCUUGCCGAAAAGGAAAUGUCUCCUGUCGCUUUGGAUUCCCUAAACUGCCCAUGGAUGUCACCACAAUUACCUUUCCCUUUGAGGACCCGACCAGUGAUGACGAAGAGGAAAACGAUGACCCCAAGAAGAAGAGACGGAAGGAGGAAGACGCCCGUGCCAAAAGGACCAAGUUGGCGAAGAAACAGAGGGAGUCCAAGGAAAAGCUGAAACAGCUAAGAGAGCGUCUUAUGGACACACAGGUUCCGGAGGACUUGACGGACCUGCUCAAUUCGUGCCAGCUGACCCUGGGUCGGUAUAAGCACUAUGUUGAGAACCUCAGUACUGGGAUGGCUGUCCACUUGAAGCGUACACCGCAAGAAAGUUGGACUAAUGCCUACAACCCCCAUCUGCUGCGUGCGUGGAACGCCAACAUGGACAUCCAGUAUAUUCUGGAUGAUAUCAGCUGCAUCAUGUACAUGAUGUCUUACAUCUCCAAGCCGGAGCACGAGAUGACAGAGUUCCUCAAAUCUGUCAUCAAGGACGUGCAAAAGUCUGACGCCAACCAGAAGGAGGAGAUGCAAAAGAUCAUGCAGGCGUAUUCAAAGCACAGAGAGGUAAGUGCUCAGGAAGCAGUGGCACGAACAUGCAGUUUGCCCCUGAAGAAGUCCUCACGCAAUGUGGUGUUCCUCCAAACCGACGAGGACGGUUUCCGAAUGAGUCUGCCCAUGAGUCGGCUUAUGACCAUGCACCCAGAUUCAGCUGAAGUGUGGAUGUCAAGUUUGCCGGAAAAGUACGCCAACAGACCACGUACGCAGGCGUUUGAGUCUAUGUGUCUGGCAGAGUUUGCGUCUGAUUACAGGGUGGUCUACGGUUACGAGAGAGAAGGGCCAAAUGUCAUUCCCCUUUUGAACGACAUGGGUUGCAUUCAGAAGAGGACCAGGGGAAAACCUGCCGUCAUAAGAUACACGCGGUUUUCCAUGACAAAGGUUCCUGAAAAAUAUUUCAGGGCCCUUCUCAAACUCUACUUGCCCCACAGGACGGACCGUGAGUUGACCAGCGACUCCCACCCAACCUAUGAGUCAUUCUACCUGGACGGAUGGUCAAGGCUAGGUCCUGCAAAGGCCAUCGUUGAUGAGAAAAUGAAGCGGUUUGAGGGCCAAGCGAAGAAACUGGACAAGGCUUUGGAGCGACUCCAACAGGAAGGUCCAGCUGUUAAUGCGUGGAACUCUUUUGCGCCAGAGGUGGAAGCAGAGCGCCUGGAAUGUCUUGCUGCGCUGAAGGCCAUGAUGCCAAACGCAGCGGACGAGCGGGAUGAGCAGGAUGAUGUUCCUGCCUAUCAGGCUGACCUUUCCGGCGCCCCAGCACUGCCGGCCUUUGAAGCACCCCAGUUGAGUCCGGACUUUGUGAGGAGGAUGUACCGCAGUCUUAACAUCAUGCAGGCUUCCGUCUUCUAUGCCGUACGCGACUGGUGUUUGCAGCGCGUUUCUGAUCGCGACCUUGAGCCCUUUCAUUAUUUCAUCUCAGGGGGAGCUGGAUGUGGCAAGUCACAUGUCAUCAAGUGCAUUUACCAGGAGGCCACCAAGAUUUUUCGGCAGCUUCCUGGCAUUCGUACCGAUGCGGAUUUGUCUCAACCCACGGUUCUGUUGACGUCAUUUACCGGCACAGCUGCGCUCAACAUUUCUGGGAAAACCUUGCACUCGGUCUUGAAGCUCCCAAGAAGUUUGAGGCCUCCAUAUCAAGGACUCGGCAACGCGCUGGACACCUUGCGGGCGAGUCUUUCCAACGUGCAGAUUUUAAUCAUUGAUGAAAUAUCAAUGGUCUCCAAGGAUCUUUUUGCGUAUGUCCACUGGCGGUUCCAGCAAGUCAAGGGCAACCGGAAGACCUUUGGAGGGAUCUCUGUGCUUGUAGUUGGGGACUUUUACCAGCUGCCACCUCUUGGAAGGGCCAAACCCCUCUGUGUGUAUGAGGAUAAUGUCCUUGACCUCUGGACCAACUUUCAGUUGGUCCGACUUACGGAGAUCAUGCGACAGAAGGAGGACCUGACCUUUGCCCAGCUUUUGAACAGGGUAAGGGAAAAGAGGAAGGAGGAGCCCUUGUAUGAAAGUGACCGGGCUUUACUGCAGCAGGCUACUGUCGAAACAUCGCAGUGUCACACCAGUACGCUCCACAUUUUUGCAACCAAUAAGGAGGUUGACGAACACAACCGUGCAACUGUGGCAGCUUUGAAACUGAAUGUGGUCGACAUUCCGGCAGAAAACUACAGAAAAGACCCCCGGACCGGACAAUUGGUCAUCGUGUCCAACAUGAUAACCGGGAGGAAAAGAGAUCUGCCCAACAACCUGCAAGCCGCUGUAGGAGCGCGAGUCAUGAUCAUCCGGAACUUGGACAUUGAGGAUGGUCUCGUGAACGGCACCUUCGGGACCAUCAUGAACAUUGUCCGUGGACCACAGGCCGCUGUUACUUUUCUUGGCAUUUCUUUGGACAAUCCUGGAGCAGGCCUGAAAUUUCGGAAGAAACUUCAGGGAUCCGGGGACGAUUUGGCCUACAUAGAAAAGUCAGAGGAAAGUUUAAGCAUCAAAGGACUGGUGAGGCGGCAAUUCCCGGCAAAACUGGCCUUUGGAUGCACGGCGCACAAAGUGCAAGGCAUGACGCUAUCUUCUGCGGUCGUAUCUCUGAAGCGCGUGUUUGAACCUGGAAUGGCCUACGUCGCUCUAAGUCGCACGACCUCGCUCCAGGGACUGAAGAUCAUGGACUUGGAUGAGAAGAAAAUAUAUGCUGAUCCCAACAUUGCUUUGGCAAUGGACAGCAUGUUGCACGCUUCUUUCUUGUCUGUCAGACCGCUGUUGCACUUUGCACAAGGGCCUUCUCCGACUUUGAAGAUUGUCCACCAUAACACAGAGGGCCUCGCGUGUCACAUGGACAUCAAAUCUCAUCAUGAGCUGAGACUGGCUGAUGUGCUUUGUUUGACGGAAACCCAUUUGUCUGGUUCCAUCUCGCCACACUUGAAGCUGGAGGACUACGCUGUUUUUGUACGGAACAGACGUGUCUCCUACUUAAACAGGCCAGACAUGGCUGCGAAAGAGGGAGGCGGAGUUGCAGCCUACUGUCGGAGGGAACUUCGAGGCCAGCCCCUUCGGUUUGUCCAGAAUGUGCCAGACCUUGAAUUCUUGGUGGUUAAAGUCAUGGUGCCGAUCACGGCUGUGGUGGCUACUGUUUAUCGACCACCAAACUUGAGUCUGGGCACAUUUCUACCUAAUUUGACAAACCUCUUGGACACCUUGGCAAUGAUGGAAAGCCACCCCAUUGUUGUUUGUGGCGACUUCAACGAGGACCUGCUUUCGAAACGUAAGAAGCCUAUACUGGAGUUGUUUGAGUCCAGAGGCUAUACUCAGCUCAUCGGCAAGGCAACAACUGGCAAGCAGACACUGAUUGAUCACAUUUACAUUUCUCAACCGCAGUCUUGCAUUCAGUCAGGUGUUCUGCAUUCUUACUACAGUUACCACAGUCCGGUGUACUGUAUCUUAACAUCUUUGUAGGCCCUGGUCUGGUCUACACAUGCUGUCUUGUCCCCAAUGAACAUUUGCUUGCAAUGACCAUGUGGCCAUUUCUUCCCCUCCAUCCAUCCACGCCGUCUCACAUACGUCAGUACUCCGUGCUUGUGACCUGAAGGCUAGGUAUGCUGUACCUCUGCUCAUGGGCUGCCUUUCAGAAAUGCAGCUGCACACGCUUUAGCCCCAACCGGAAGAUGUCGCUUUAUUAUAUGUAGUAGAUACAUACUCGAGUCAGAAUUACUGUAUUAUCAUCUCUGAACGGGCAGUGUUGGCAUAGUCAUGUUCUCCAUGUUCUCAAUGUUCUCCCUAUUCCUGAAACUUCAUGUCACUUAUAUGAUGGAACAUUCUAAUAACUUGUCUCUCUCUCUCUCUCUCUCUCUCUCUCUCUCUCUCCCCUGUAGUAGGCACUAUUGCAUGAAUAGCCUGUUCGAGGCUGUUAUGUUAUACUCGGUCAUAGCAUUACUUUCAGCUUUUUCAAUUACUGACUUGUUACUAACCUGUCUCUCUUUCUCUCCCCUGUAGUAGGCACUGCUGCAUGAAGACAUGAGAACGGUUAUCGGUAUCAGCGUUGCUGAUAUGUAGUCAUCGGACCUCUUUUUUUUUCUGCAAUAUAUAAUAUUGAUAAAGUAUAUAGUGUGUUUGGGUGUGUGUGUGUGUAUAUACAGUAUGUAUAUGACUGAUUUAUUUGACUAACUUGUCUCUCUUUCUCUCCCCUGUAGUAGGCACUGCUGCACAAAGAGCUGAGAACAGCAAAGCUCAAAGAUUUGUAUUAGUGGCAGUACAUUUUACGCAAUAUAUAACAUGUAUAAAGUGUAUAUGUAUAUGACAGUUACUGAUAACAUUUGACUAACUUGUCUCUCUUUCUCUCCCCUGUAGUAGGCACUGCUGCGUGAAAAGCAAAGCUCAUAGAUUUGUAGUAGUCGCAGUACUUUUCCGCAAUAUGUCACGUGGAGUCUAUAUAUUGGGGAUGCUCGGCAUAUGAGUAUCCCAACUGACUUCCUGGCUACAGAGGAGAACAGGUUCAACUCGCAUUCUGAUACCAACUGCAGGACAUGACAGAAAAGGGAAAAGACAAUCCUUUACAGAAACAUUUCCCGGACGUGUUAAUACUUCAUUCCUGUUGUAAUACGUAGUUACCUACCACAUACAUAUGUUCACUAUGCCUUUUUGUUCUCAAGCGUUUGCACCUUUAUGUAUAAAGACCAUUAUUAUGCAUAAUCAUGCUGUACCAAACAUUUUUGUAUUGUAACCUAAAUGGUCGAGACAGACGGCUGCCCCACUGAGCCUGGGUUCUGUCCAAGGUUUCUUCCCAAGUGGGAGUUUUUCCUUGCCUCCGUUGCCAGGUGCUUGCUCAUGUGGGUUUCUGUUGUUCAUUUAUGACAAACUUGAUAGACCAAACUAAUGAUAAUAAUAAUGUGAACCAAAGUGCCUCGAUCACUUGUUUUGUUGUGAGUUGGUGCGAUAUAAUGUCAUUGAACACUUCUUGUAAAAUUACUGCUGUUUUUUUUCUGAAUUAUUUGAUGUGCCUUGGGCCGCUGACCUAAACUGUUGAGUUACAUACGGGACAUGUUGCCUUGCUACAUGAAGUGUUGGUCAUUGGUUUUAUCUUUCUAUAUUAUACAUCACAAUACUGUUCAUAACUGGUGUAAUUGUUGACAUUUUGACUUCAAGAA